AUGGGUGUUGGACGGGCAGUUGCAGCAGUAGCGAUAGGUUUAAUUAUUGGAUUUUUGAAGACACCGAGAAAUGAUUACAAAUCAAAUGGGACGGUACAAGAAAAUCUUCAACCAAUUAGAGAAGCUUUUGACGAAAUUUUAUCGCGAGAAAGAGAAGGAUUAGCAUUUGCUACCUAUAAAAAUGAUGAACUUAUAAUCGAUCUUUGGGGUGGUUAUGCCGAAAGAGCUGCAUUUCAAACCUGGGAACGUGAUACUAUGACGUUAGCAUUUUCAUCAUCGAAAGUUGUUGGUGCCUUAAUUAUUGCCAUUCUUGUUAGUCGAGGACAAUUGCAAUAUGAGGAUAGGGUUGUAAAAUAUUGGCCUGAAUUUGGUGCUCAAAAUAAGGACAAUAUUACUGUUCAAUGGAUCCUUGAACAUAAAGCUGGUUUAAUUACAUUCGAUGAAGAAUUGACAAUGGAACAGGCUCGAGAUCAUCAUUAUAUCUCUCGUAUUAUUGAAAAGACGAAACCGAAGUGGCCUGCAGGUACAGCAGCGGGUUAUCAUCCAUUAACAUUCGGUUGGCUGUUAGAUCAAAUUGUCCGACGUGCUGAUCCGUUGAAACGUGGUAUUGCGCAAUUUUAUCGUGAAGAAAUUCAAAAAUAUAUGGAUGAUAAGGAUUUCUAUUUGGGUUUACCUCGUCAUGAACAUUAUCGAGUAGCACGGAUUGCUCAAUCAACUACAUUUGAAUUCGUUUAUGGAAUGGCCAGCUCUGUGCAAUAUUUUGAGCUCAUAUUCAAUUGUCUCUUCCGCUUUCUUAAUUGUGAAAUAUAUGAUGCUAGCAACUAUCCAUUAUGGCUUAGUUUACUAAAUGACGAAAUGCCGUACAAUAAUCCAGCGGUUCGAGAAGCAGAAAAUGUUGCAGUAUUAGGUAUUGGAACAGCUCGAGGACUUGCAAAUGUUGUUUCCACUGUUUGGAAGAAAAAUUUAAUAAGUGAAGAGGUUUGGAAACGAUUAAGUAAACCAACGGAAUAUGGGAAAGAUAGAAUAACUUAUUUCACGAACUAUCAUGGCCAUGGCUUCUUCUACAAACCACAUCCAAUCCGACAAAACGAAUACGUAAUGAUGCAUCCUGGUCAUGGAAUGCAAAACUUGAUCAUUGAUCCGUUCGGCAAGAUAGUGACAGUAAUGAUCCGAAAUACUAUAAUGUGGAAACAUAGCGCCCUCCAUGAAAGUUUUGAUUUGACAAGUGAUAUCAUUCGAAUUACUAAUGUGAAUUCUUAA